UUCUCACCGCCCCCGCCCCUGCUGCCUCGCUCCGCCGCGUCUCCUCUGCACGAACUCUUGCCUCCUCGCUCACACCUGCUCCUGCCCACUUCCGCAUUCUUGUUACAUACGCACAUUUGCCAUGGCUGAAGGAAGCAACUUCGACUACCUCUUCAAGGUCGUCCUCAUUGGAGACUCGGGUGUCGGAAAGUCCAACCUGCUCUCGCGAUUCACGCGUAACGAAUUCAACUUGGAAACGAAGUCAACGAUUGGUGUAGAGUUCGCGACCCGCUCGAUCACCGUGGAUGGCAAGACACUGAAGGCACAGAUCUGGGACACUGCUGGUCAGGAACGGUAUCGUGCCAUCACUGCUGCGUACUACCGCGGCGCGGUCGGCGCGCUCCUCGUGUACGACAUCUCGAAGCACCAGACCUACGUAAACGUCACGCGGUGGUUGAAGGAGCUGCGCGACCACGCAGACUCGAACAUCGUUAUCAUGUUGGUCGGCAAUAAGAGCGAUUUGAAGCACCUACGGGCGGUCCCGACGGACGAGGCAAAGGCCUUUGCCGCCGAGAACAACCUGUCCUUCAUGGAGACAUCGGCGCUGGACGCCUCCAACGUCGAGUCUGCAUUCCAGACGAUCCUCACUGACAUCUACCGCAUCGUAUCGAGCAAGUCGCUGGAGCAGUCCGCGGACCCGAUCAAGCCAUCAGCAGGCGACUCGAUUACUGUCGCGCCGAGUGUGGACGCCAACGCGAACCAGGGCAGCAAGUGCUGUUAGAUGGGAGCGUGCACGGACAUUCGUGGUUGCUGUGGAUGGAUAUCGGCAUUGGGCCCUUGUGCAUAGUUAUACUCCGACUUCUUGUAAUUUGAUGUUUUCUUUCGCCUGGAACCUUGUGUGGUGUUCAUUUGUUGCUCGUGUAUGGUGAGAAUCCGUAACUCGCAGAAAGAGGGAAGUCGCUAGCAUUUCAAAACA